GGUUCUUUACAAAAUGAAGAAAUCCGUGAAAGCAAUAAAUAUCUCUGGGCUGGCUCAUGUGGAAAACGAGGAGCAGUACACCCAGGCUCUGGAGAAGUUCGGGGGCAACUGUGUGUGCAGAGAUGACCCAGAUUUAGGAAGUGCGUUCCUGAAGUUCUCGGUGUUUACAAAGGAGUUGACAGCACUUUUCAAAAACCUGAUUCAGAAUAUGAACAACAUCAUCUCCUUCCCCCUGGACAGUUUGCUGAAAGGAGACCUGAAAGGAGUGAAAGGGGAUCUGAAAAAGCCUUUUGAUAAAGCUUGGAAGGACUAUGAAACAAAAAUAACCAAAAUUGAAAAAGAGAAGAAGGAGCAUGCCAAACUGCAUGGGAUGAUUCGCACUGAAAUCAGCGGGGCUGAAAUUGCCGAAGAGAUGGAGAAGGAGCGGCGGCUUUUCCAGCUACAGAUGUGCGAGUAUCUGCUGAAGGUCAAUGAAAUUAAGAUUAAAAAGGGAGUGGAUUUACUUCAGAAUCUGAUCAAAUAUUUUCAUGCCCAGUGCAAUUUUUUCCAGGAUGGACUGAAAGCAGUUGAGAGCCUCAAGCCUUCCAUUGAGACACUUUCAACAGACCUUCACACAAUCAAACAGGCCCAGGAUGAAGAAAGAAGGCAACUGAUACAGCUUCGAGAUAUUUUGAAAUCAGCAUUGCAGGUUGAACAGAAAGAGGAUCCACAAAUUCGCCAGAGUACAGCCUAUAGUUUACAUCAGCCUCAGGGAAACAAAGAGCACGGGACUGAGCGGAACGGCAAUCUCUAUAAGAAGAGCGACGGGAUCCGAAAAGUGUGGCAGAAAAGGAAAUGUUCAGUUAAAAAUGGUUUCCUGACCAUAUCCCACGGCACCGCAAACCGGCCUCCGGCAAAGCUCAACCUAUUAACCUGCCAAGUGAAGACCAACCCCGAGGAGAAAAAGUGUUUUGACCUUAUUUCACAUGACAGGACGUACCACUUCCAAGCGGAGGAUGAGCAGGAAUGUCAAAUAUGGAUGUCUGUGCUGCAGAACAGCAAAGAAGAAGCUUUAAACAAUGCAUUUAAGGGGGAUGACAAUACCGGGGAAAAUAACAUAGUCCAAGAGCUGACAAAGGAGAUCAUCUCCGAAGUGCAGAGGAUGACGGGCAAUGACGUGUGUUGCGACUGUGGGGCACCAGAUCCUACAUGGCUUUCCACCAAUCUGGGCAUCCUGACCUGCAUUGAGUGCUCUGGAAUCCACCGGGAGCUCGGGGUUCACUAUUCGAGGAUGCAGUCCCUCACGUUAGAUGUCUUAGGAACAUCUGAGCUGCUGCUUGCCAAGAAUAUUGGGAAUGCAGGCUUUAAUGAGAUUAUGGAGUGUUGCCUUCCAGCUGAAGACUCGGUCAAACCCAACCCGGGCAGUGACAUGAAUGCCAGAAAGGACUACAUUACUGCCAAGUACAUCGAGAGGAAAUAUGCAAGGAAAAGGCAUGCGGAUAAUGCAGCAAAACUUCACAGCCUUUGUGAGGCUGUCAAAACAAGAGAUAUUUUUGGAUUACUCCAAGCCUAUGCUGACGGUGUGGAUCUUACAGAAAAAAUCCCACUGGCCAACGGACAUGAGCCAGAUGAAACUGCCCUCCAUCUUGCAGUCAGAUCGGUGGACCGGACUUCUCUCCACAUUGUAGACUUUUUAGUUCAGAACAGCGGGAACCUGGACAAACAGACGGGGAAAGGCAGCACCGCCUUGCACUACUGCUGCCUGACGGACAACGCCGAGUGCCUCAAGCUCCUCCUACGCGGGAAGGCCUCCAUCGAGACCGCCAACGAGUCCGGAGAGACGCCACUGGACAUCGCCAAACGCCUCAGGCACGAGCACUGCGAGGAGCUGCUGACCCAGGCCUUAUGUGGGAGGUUUAACUCUCACGUCCACGUCGAGUACGAGUGGCGACUGCUCCACGAAGACCUGGAUGAGAGCGAUGACGAUGUGGACGAGAAAUUGCAGCCCAGCCCCAGUCGGCGAGAGGACCGGCCCGUCAGCUUCUACCAGCUGGGCUCCAACCAGCUGCAGUCUAAUGCUGCAUCCUUGGCCAGAGAUGCCGCCAGCCUGGCCAAGGACAAGCAGAGGAGCUUUGUGCCCAGCAUCUUGCAGAAUGAGACGUACGGUGCGAUCCUCAGUGGCAGCCCGCCUCCCACCCAGCCUGCGGCCCCCAGCACUGCCAGCGCCCCCCCACUACCCCCACGGAACGUUGCCAAAGUUCAGACAGCCUCCUCCGCUACUGCCCUGUGGAAGACAAACUCUGUAAGUGUGGACGGUGCAAGCAGGCAGCGAUCUUCGUCAGAUCCGCCAGCUAUCCAUCCACCGCUGCCCCCUCUCCGUGUGACAUCUACCAAUCCCCUGGCUCCCACUCCGCCCCCUCCAGUAGCAAAAACGCCCAGUGUGAUAGAAGCCUUGAGCCAGCAGAGCAAGCCGGCCCAGCCUGGGAUCCCACUGAGCAAAGCCCCGCCCCCGCCACCCAGCCGCCUCCCCCAGAAGAGGCCUGCUUCCGGGGCUGACAAGUCGACCCCACUGAUGAACAAAGGCCAGCCGAGAGGACCUGGAGUGGAUCUCUCUGGAACAGAAGCUCUGGGUCCUCUGUCCAACACUGCCGUCCUGCAGCCCCCAGCCCCCAUGCCCAGGAAGUCACAGACAACCAAGUUAAAGCCCAAGCGGGUCAAAGCUCUCUAUAACUGUGUGGCUGACAACCCAGACGAGCUGACGUUCUCCGAGGGGGAUGUGAUUAUCGUGGAUGGGGAGGAGGACCAAGAGUGGUGGAUUGGCCACAUUGACGGAGAUCCCAGUCGCAAAGGAGCAUUUCCCGUAUCAUUUGUGCACUUUAUUGCUGACUGAAUUGCUACUGAACAAAGACAUUCCUUUUAAUAGUUGUUAUGUUCCUGUUUGUUAUUGGUACCAAAACUCUUGCCAGAUGACCAGUUUCAUGAAAUAUAUUGUCCGGUAGCCCACUUUCUCUAACUCCGCUCUUCUGUUUUACAAACUCAAAGGCAACUUGUAUGUAUAAAUGAAUUGUUUUUAUAAUUUGUGGUUUUCAUGAAAUACUGCCAUACUUUUAUUAGGGAAAAGACGGAAUUUCCUAGAAGGUGAACUGAAAAGUUAUUUUAACUCGACGUGAUCAAGGUCGUCAAUCUACAGAAUUAGCUGAACCUAAAAGUAUUUGAGUAUUAGAAAUUCUUCCAGCCUUUCCUUGGCCUGCUUCUAGAGUCGGUGACCCUUUAGUGCAGGUUUUUAGGAAGUUGGUAAACUUGCUUUAGAAGUAGCCCAGCCCUGGACUUUCUAGAUAAAAUGCUAUAAGUUCACCUUUAAAGACUUUUUUUUUGUUUUAAGAUACAUUUAAAGAUUUCCUUUGGAAUCCACCCAAGGUUUAGUUAAAGCAACUUGGAAAUUUACACUUUAGCAUUGUACUUUUCCAGCCCUAAUUUGUGAGGUUGCAACUCUCAUUGUAUUCUGCAUGUGCGUGUAGCCUGUUGUGAACAAUCCUACCUAGCAAAACUACCCAUGGUUUAUUACGGCAUAUGGUAAUAGCUAAUUCAGUUCCACGUUCUAUAAACCUGCAUUUCCUGAAUUUGGUUAAAAACUAAGGAUGAUGGAUUGCAAAAACAGUUCUUUACAGGUGUUUCGGAUUCGCCUUCUCGACCCUCCUCGGUCACGCAGCUAGAGCACUGUGGUGCAGACCCCACUGUUAACACUGCUGUUUCCCACUGAGUGUACCACUGCCUUCCCUCUCCAGCUCCUGGGAAUGUUUACUCAACUUAGUGUCUUGUACUUAUAUACUAUACCAACAGGAACGGUAUUACACUGUCUUGAACUCGAAGCUGUCCAUUUGUUUGUAAUCAAGAGCAUAUCAGAAAUCUGUAGGUCCCAGGUAAUAAAAUACUCCCGAGCAGACAUCCCCAUUUCACGACCAAAGUCCAUCACGUCAUUCUUAAACGGAAGGUCCUGGGGGUGGGGGGGUUAGGUUGUGUGUGAUAAAAUCAGAAUUCAUUAGUUUCACGUACUUGACUGUCAUACCUCUAUUUAGUAAUUGUGAGCAUAAGAUUCGUAAUAGGAAUAUUGGACAUUUUGGCACUCUUUGAGAAUAAAUAGGCCUAUAAUGCCCAGUCGGAUUUCUCCCGGAAGUGAAGGGUAAGUGUAGGUCUGGGCUUGGAAAGCGAGGCAGCGAUCCUUUCAUCCAUGGUGGCGCUGGUACAUUUGAUUGGAGCAGCCCAUCUUUACUAGGCAAGACUCUUCUAAGUGCAGAGCCUUUUUUUUUUUUUUUUUUUUUUUUAUUGCAUUGUACUUUUUGUUGCUAUUAUAAAGGAAAACAGAACAAACUGGUAUGUUUUAUGAUGUUGUACGGCAAUUGCUUUUUAAAGCCUUUCAAAGUUCCGGGUAAAAAUGUGUCAGAUUUUUUUUUUUUUUAAAGCACUACAUCUAUUUUCACUAAUUGUUAAUUUCUGUUGUUUGAACCCUUCAUUUAGUUAAUUCCCUCACAGAUUUAAGAAAGUAAACAGAUAUACUUUGCACGAUGCACUUCUUAUGUAUAUUUUAACAAAGUCCUCUUGCAUCUGUGUUUUAUAAUCAGCCUUUUGACUACUUGGUGCCAGAUAUCUAAGGAAUUAAAGUUGAGUCUCACCAACAUUUAAACACCAGUCCCAAACUAAUCUGUCAGGUUCACUGGUACAUAAAUAUCUUGGAAAUAUUUUUUCCAGCUGACAAUUUGGUGGUGCUGUUGUGCAGUAAUUAAUAUUACUUUUGCCAGAGGAGAAAUUAUAUUAACUUCCCCACUAACAUCCUUUCCUAGUUAUUUGCUCUUUGCAAAUUAAAAAACAACUGAGAGGAAGGAAAACAUUGUAGAUAACUAUUUAUAUUUAAAGUUUACGUUUCAUGAACUUAGCUGCAGGAUCCCGGCAUUUUGCAUGCCAUUUUCUAUCAGAUCUGACUUCUAGAGAUGAGGACUCCAACAUGUGCACAGACUCCUAGGUCCUGUGUGAUCUGCUACGGGGUGGAGAGCAUAAAUAUGCAGCUCGGAAUGCUGUUUGAGAUGUAUGAUACUCGAUUCGUUCACUUGAUUACUUCGAUCUAGUUGCAGCGCAACUGUGUAUAUUGUAUAACCUAAAUCGAUUCUUAUUUUCGUUGUCCUUGAUGCAGUGAUUUAUAAUUAGAGCAUGUUCAGUAAGUUGACUCUUCCUGUUAACUAGUCAUUUGACUGGAAAAAAAUAAAAUACUUUUAAAUGGA